GGAUAGUGGCACUAUAAAGUAUAUCCUCUCUCGGAGAAAGAUAAGAAGCCCGAGACAGGAGGGGGAUGAAGAUGGCGGACGCCAAGCAGAAGAGGAAUGAGCAGUUAAAGCGCUGGCUGGGCUCGGAAACGGACCAGGAGCCUCCUGUUCUGAAGAAGAAGAAGACGAAGGUGAAGUUCGAUGAUGGCGCCGUGUUUCUGGCCGCCUGCUCGAGCGGCGAUACCGAGGAGGUGCUCCGAAUGCUUGACCGGGGCGCUGACAUCAACUACGCCAAUGUAGACGGUCUCACCGCCCUCCACCAGGCAUGCAUAGAUGACAAUGUCGACAUGGUGACUUUCCUGGUGGAACAUGGAGCCAGCAUCAACCAGCCUGAUAAUGAGGGCUGGAUCCCCCUCCACGCUGCAGCUUCCUGUGGAUACCUGGACAUAGCAGAGUAUCUGAUCGGCCAGGGUGCCAAUGUAGGAGUUGUGAAUAGUGAAGGUGAGACGCCGCUGGACAUCGCUGAAGAGGAAGCGAUGGAGGAGCUUCUGCAGAAUGAGAUCAACAGACAAGGAGUGGACAUCGAGGCGGCCCGGAAAGAGGAGGAGCGGAUCAUGCUGAGGGACGCCCGGCAGUGGCUCAACAGUGGCCAGAUCCAGGACACCCGGCACACCAAGUCUGGAGGGACGGCACUCCACGUAGCUGCUGCAAAAGGAUACGCCGAGGUUUUAAAGCUUUUAAUCCAAGCAGGGUAUGAUGUAAAUAUUAAGGACUAUGAUGGCUGGACUCCUCUACAUGCAGCAGCACACUGGGGCAAAGAGGAGGCGUGUAGGAUACUGGUGGAGAAUCUAUGUGACAUGGACCUCAUUAAUAAAAUGGGCCAGACAGCUUUUGAUGUAGCAGAUGAAGAUGUUCUGGGAUAUUUAGAAGAACUACAGAAGAAACAAAAUCUGCUGAUAGGUGACAAGAAAGACGUUAAGAAAUCUCCUUUGAUUGAAACAACAACCACUGGGGACAACAACCAAUCACUGAAACCACUCAAGAGCAAAGAAACGCUGCUUCUGGAGCCAGAAAAGAGCGCCCCACGCAUCGAGACCUUAGAACCGGAGAAGGUGGAUGAAGGAGAGGAGGGCAAGAAAGACGAAUCAAGCUGCUCCAGUGAGGAAGAGGACGACGAAGAUUCAGAGUCAGAGACUGAAGCAGACAAAACCAAGCCUGCAGCAUCGGUGAGCAACAGCACGACGCCCGCCCCGACCAGCAUCACCGUGUCACCUCCAACUAGCCCAACCAACCAGGUGACAACCCCCUCUUCACCAGUAAAGAAGUUUGAAUGUAUUACUCCCCUCAUGCCUGUGGCGGAGCCAGGCUGUCCUGCAUUGUGGCGUCAAGGCUUGCGCAAAACUGGCAUUUCUCUAGUGCCCAAAAAACCUAUGGCCGCUCAGCCUGCCGGAAAGGUGUCGACUAAAGUGGAGGAGGAGAGGAAGGACGAGUCUCCGGCGUCGUGGCGGCUGGGUUUGAGGAAGACGGGCAGCUAUGGGGCACUGGCCGAGAUCACAGCCACCAAGGAGGCUCAGAGGGAGAAGGACACGACCGGGGUGAUGCGCUCAGCGUCCAGCCCUCGUCUCUCUUCGUCUCUGGACAACAAAGACAAAGAGAAGGAAAAGGACAAAGGAACUCGGCUUGCAUACGUGGCCCCCACUAUCCCCAGGAGACUGGCCAGUACUUCAGACAUUGACGAGAAGGAAAACAGGGACUCUACCGCUCUGAUACGUAGUGGCUCAUACACCCGGCGACGCUGGGACGACGACCUGAAGAACAGCGAAGGAAGCGCAUCCACCAACCGAACCCCCAGCUACCAGCGCAGCACGUCCCACACGCUAGCACUAGGGCGGAGCGGCAGCACGCGGGACGUGCCAGCCAAGUCUUCGUCCACCUCCAGCUUGGACCCUAACACCUGUAAUACUAAACCCUGGCAGCCACCCACCUCCCACUACCAGUCUUACAGCAUUUACCGCAGCGGCUCUUUUGGCAGAAGACACGAGGACUUGAGUUCCUCGACCACCUCCUCCUCGUCCUCCACGACCACCACCACCUCCUCAUCUGUUACCUCGCCCACAGGCCAUCGCGGCCUGCUCUCCAGCCUGGGCUCCUCCUCCACCCGCACUGGCUCCACCAGUCUCACCAGCAGGUACUGGUCAGAGGAGAGUGCAGAGAGGGAAAAGGAGAAGGAGAAGGAGUCUGCUGCGGUCAUCCCUACUAUAAACACUGGCUCCACUACGACCACCACAUCGACCACUACCACCACCGCCAUAUCUACCACUACCACCACCGGCACCGUCACUGGCUCUGAACGACGCAGGUCAUACCUGACGCCAGUGCGAGACGAGGAGUCGGAGUCCCAGAGGAAAGCUCGCUCCAGACAGGCUCGACAGUCGAGGAGGUCCACCCAGGGUGUGACUCUGACUGACCUGCAAGAGGCCGAGAAAACAAUCGGCCGGAGUCGUACCCCAAAGACCCGGGAAGAGGAGAAGGAGGAGAAAGAGAAGCAGGACAAGGAGAAGCAGGAGGAGAAGAAGGAGACGGAGACCAAGGAAGACGAUUACCGGUCGAAGUACCGCAGCUACGAAGAGCGCUACCGGCCUAUGUCUUCCUCCUCUACCUCCGCCAUUUCCGCGGUCAGCACUGCCUCCACCCCGUCCUACUCUAGCACCACAUUGUCCUCCAGUUCCAGCUCCCUCAACAGGCCCAACAGUCUGACGGGGAUCACCUCCUCCUAUAGCCGUUCCUCUAGAGACACGGAAAAAGAAAUGGACAAAAAGGAAGAGGAGAAGGAGGGAGAGGACAAGUCUCAGCCCCGCUCCAUACGGGAUCGCAGGCGGCCCCGCGAGAAGAGACGCUCCACCGGAGUCUCCUUCUGGACCCAAGAUGGUGAUGAAAAUGACCCUGAUCAGCAGUCUGACUCAGAGGAGGGCAGCACCAAGGGGGAGACACAGAGUGACAGAUUGUCCAGGAAUGAGAGCACUUCAUCCAUGGAUCGUAAUGACACUCUUAGCCGUGGCUAUGGUGAGAGUCGGAGGACAUACUCAAGCCGACUGGAUAGAGACGACACCACUGACUAUAAGAAGCUCUACGAGCAGAUCUUAGCUGAGAACGAGAAGUUGAAGGCCCAGUUACGUGACACAGACCUGGAGCUGACAGACUUGAAGCUACAACUAGAGAAGGCCACGCAGAGGCAGGAACGCUAUGCUGACCGAUCACAGCUUGAGAUGGAGAAAAGGGAAAGAAGAGCUCUAGAAAGGAAGAUUUCUGAGAUGGAGGAGGAACUUAAGAUGCUCCCAGACUUGAAAGCAGACAACCAGAGACUAAAGGACGAGAACGGAGCGCUCAUUCGAGUCAUUAGCAAGCUUUCCAAGUAGACCAGACCCCCCCUCCCCCGCCUCACCCCGUCUUCUGCACCCCCUAGUCCCCCAUGGCAGUGACUAAUGGAAUUGCACAUUUAGAUAUUAAUUGCAACAGACAUCAGAGACUCCUUUUUCUUUCUUUUUUUUCUCCUCCCAGCUCUUUAUCUCCUUUUUUUUUUUUUUUUUUUGCUCCUCCACCUCUGCAGCAUCCAUCCAUCCAUCCAUCCUCCUCGACUUUUACCCACUCGAUCGUGUGGCUGCUGUCCUGAUAGAACCACUGAGUUUACAGAGCAAAACGGAGAUGUGUGAUCAGCAUGUAAAAACGGGCGGAGAAGCCUGAAAACUAUUUAACCAAUAAGCCUUAGUUGUACAUAAAGAGGAAAAAAAAAAACACUCGCAGCGAUCUUUCUCUUCUCUCUUCUCUCUCUUUCUCUCGGCUUUCACUUAAAUCCAACACCUGAUUUUAUUUGUGCCACAAUCUUUCUGUUUUUCCUCUCCUUGUGUUGUGUGCUGUGCUCCCUUUUUUUUUUUUUUUUUUUUUUUUAAAUAAAGUGCCACUUCUGCCCCGUACCGGCUCCCUUCACACACACAAAUGCACACACACACUCGCGCCCCGUCAUUUUUGUUACCUCUGUGUGUCUUCCUCCAAGAGGGAUUUUUUUUUUUCGUUUUUGCGCUUUAGCGAGGCGGACCUGGUGGAAUUUAAGCUUUCACUGUAUGUGCAAUAUGCAUUUUUUUUUAAUGCUUUAAUGAGUCCAUCACAAAUAGGAUUUUCACUCUUCCACCGCUUCCAUCGCUCACCUUCCUCCUCUUUUUUUUUUUUGUUUUAAGUUUGUAGUGUAGUCAGUUUAUACUCUGUAUUUCUCACUUUGUUUUAGCAGGUACUGAGUGAUGCUGUAUAUACCUGUAUGUAUUUGUUUGAGACCAGCACAUGGCAUGCGUUUAUGGUUCCCGUCUGUUACUAUUAAAAGUAUACAAAUUCCAGAGGACAAAAAGGUGUGUUUUAAUUAUUUUGUUCUUUUUAUAGACAUUGGAUACAGUACCGUAGAGCCUCUCUCUCUUUACACGGGACAGCUGGCAAAGUGUUCAGUGCUUUUUUUUUCCAGUUUAAAAUAAGUGUUCACAUAAUUGUGAGAUAAAAAAAAAGAAAUAAUCGCUUCACUACAUUUCACUUUCAUUGUAUUCAGUAUCUUGGAAGAGUGCUGUUAAUUUUGUUUCCAAUUUUUUUUUAAAAAAAAAAGCUGUAGUAUUAUAGCCAAGGUGUUGUCACUAAAAAUAAAAUAUCUUAGGUAUCGCUAACCCAGUCCUUUUUACAAAUGUCUACAUGCACUGUCAAUGCCAUGUGAGGAGUCUUGAUGUCAGGUUAAAGCAAAUCGCCACCAUCAAAUAUUCCAUGCAUCUGAAAACAUUUUAUGCAUUUCAGUGGCCUUUUAAGGAUAUUUUAGUAAAAGUUUAAAAAAAUGAAUAAAUAAAAAAAAGUCACUGCAGAUGGACUGAUGACCAUCUACUCUGGUUUAGACUUUUUUUGUUUUUGUUUUUUUCCUUUAUUUUUUUUCCCGUCAUCUUGUAAAAUAGGUGUGUGGCUUAAUACAUGCAAGCUGUGCUGUGACUACCAACCACUGAAGAGUUCAUUAAAAAUAAACUUGUACAUUGUAAA